GCCGAGAACAAACUCUCGCACAUGCGUCGCGCGUGAUCGGCUUCCAUCUCCAUGUCACUAUGGUUCCAUUUUACGGCGGACAGACACAAGUAACUCACAAUUUGGACGCCAAAGCUUCAAAAAUCAAACGCUAUAAUUUGCGUUCGGCAACCGGCAAAUCAAUAAAAAGCUACAGCGAUUGAGCAUAUCGAGGUGAGAGACGCCAGCGAGCAAGAAAGAACAAAUUGACGGUGGCGACGAGUAGGAUUCUCUUUUGUUCCUUCCUUCAUGAUUUCUUCGGUUCGGUGGGGAUAAAGAUUGCCCUCGCUUCUUGAUUUCAAUUACGCUACGCAUCAUUCCAAUUUUAUCUCCGAGCUGAAGACCGUCCACGGAGAGGGAGGUUGGGGGUUUAGGGAUUCUUGGAUCGACUUAGGGAGAGAGCAGAGAAAGCGGUGCUGAAGAUGACGGAGGUCAUCCUCCACAUUUACGACGUGACGAACAGCGAAUCGGACAAGACGAACAACACCAUUGUUCAGAUCAACAAGAUCUUCAAAGACGGAAUCGGCCUCGGCGGCAUCUUCCACAGCGCCGUCCAGGUUUAUGGGGAUGAUGAAUGGUCAUUUGGCUACUGUGAACAAGGUUCUGGAGUUUUUAGUUACCCGGCUGGAAAGAACCCAAUGUAUACAUAUCGUGAAUCUAUUGUUCUUGGAACAACAAACUUUUCUGUAUACAAGGUCAGUCAGAUCCUCAGGGAAUUAAGUAGGGAUUGGCCAGGAUGCACAUAUGAUCUUUUAUCAAGAAACUGCAAUCAUUUCUGCGAUGAAUUGUGUGAAAGGCUUGGAGUGCCUAAACUUCCUGGCUGGGUAAACCGCUUUGCUCAUGCGGGUGAUACAGCAGUGGAAAUAGCAGAAACCACAGCCUUACGGUUCAGACAAGCUAAGACAGAGAUUGUGUCAGCCAGCAAAGUGGCUUACCGGUUCCUCUUGGGUGUCACUUCCAACCAAUCGGCUGCUGCUUCAGAGUCCCCAAGCAAUUCCAACAGAGGGGCGCCUAGAUUCCAAGCUACUUGGUUUAAGAACCUAGUUUCUGGUGCCAAACCAUCUAGCAGUUCAGCUUUGGAAGACCAGGAAGCUGUAAGUGCUUCAGGUGCAACAGCAACGUGAUUCUGAAGCACCCCUUAAGCAGAAUCCAAGGCCCCAAUAGUUGGAAGUAUUUUGCUGGUGCAAUCCAAUUAAAAAACUACGCAAAAGUAAGUGGCAGAAGUUGUUGAUUGCAAAUCAGGUGCUGGUGCAUCAGUGUUUUCCCUGUUGUUUAAGGACCACGCAAAAAGUGAUUGUGAAGUUGUUCAUUGUGAAUCAAGUGUAAAAUGCUAUAGUCGUUGUCACCUAUCCAAUGGGUUUGAAUUAUUGCCAUCUCUUGUGUCCUGUUGUGAUUCGCUCGCGAUUUGGGCUCAAGUAGAUUUACAAUACGCCAUAUGAGGAUGAUCUAUAUUUAUCAAAAAUUUGCAGGCAGGUGGGUAUA